AUGGCCGACGAUCCCCGUGGCAUCGACCACACUGAUUCCAUCGACUCCAACGAUGGCCCGAAGCAGCCGGACAAGAAGAAGAGUCGUCGACCAGCGAACACCGCGUUCCGACAGCAGCGCUUGAAGGCCUGGCAGCCCAUCCUCACACCCAAGACCGUCCUGCCCCUGUUCUUCACCAUUGGCAUCAUAUUCGCUCCUAUCGGAGGAUUGCUGCUCUAUGCCAGCGCCCAGGUCCAAGAACUUCGACUCGAUUACACCGACUGCACAGAAAAAGCCCCCGAUCUCUCCAGGGAUGGCGGCGGCUACAAGUCCAUGCCCGGCGACAAUGUCCAGACUGCCUUCAAGAGCUCUAAUAGAUCCGUGAAUGCGAUGUGGGCGCGCGAGACCAACAUCACCGUCACCCUCGACAACGGCGUCAGGGUCAACGAGACAAACCGGUGCCAUCUCAAGUUUACGCUGCCCGAGGAAAUGGGCCCUCCCGUCCUCUUCUACUACCACCUCACCAACUUUUACCAGAACCAUCGUCGCUACGUGCUCUCGUUUGACAGCGAGCAGCUCAAGGGAAAGGCUCGCUCGUACGGCGACAUCAAGAACGGUGACUGCGGCCCCCUGUACGGAGACUCCAAGACUUCGAAGCCCUAUUACCCCUGCGGACUCAUCGCCAACUCCAUGUUCAACGAUACCUUCUACAGCCCCGAGCUUGUGACUGUUCCGGCCUCGAGCAAGCCCAAGAAUGAGAACGAUACCUGGACCUACGACAUGAAGACGAGCAACAUUGCCUGGGGAAGCGACAGGGACCUGUACGGCAAUACCAGCUACAAGCCUGACGACGUGAUCCCCCCUCCCAACUGGCAUAAGCGCUACCCGGACAACUACACCACCAAGAACCCCCCGCCGAACCUGAAGGAGUGGGAGGCUUUCCACGUGUGGAUGCGAACCGCCGGCCUUCCCACUUUUAGCAAGCUGUACCAGCGCAACGAUACCCUUGCCAUGUGGUCCGGUACCUACGAGCUUCAGGUUGAUGAUCACUUCCCCGCCAGCAAGUAUGAAGGUACCAAGUCCAUCAUUAUCACUACCAAGACCGUCAUGGGAGGCCGCAACCCCUUCCUUGGAAUCGCCUACGUGGUCGUCGGCGGUGUUUGCAUCUUGCUCGGUGCUGUCUUUACAGUGACCCAUCUGAUCCGCCCUAGGAAACUUGGUGACCACACCUAUCUUUCCUGGAACAACGCCCCCGGCGCCAAGUCCGGCCCUAGCACAGCCGUCGCUUCCGGCCGUGAACUUCGUCCUGGCGAGGCUUAG